AACGUCGAGUGCAAGGAUUGCAAAACACGCGGACAUUUCAACAAGGCACACCAUGAAUGCAAGUUUUACAAAGCAGUUUCUGCGCGUGAUGUUGGAAGUAGCGGCAAGAAACGUAAGCAUUCAGCUACAGUCGAGGAAGGAAAGAAGCAAGCAAAGAGAAAGAAGAAGCAAACAACUGGAGAUAUCAAGUGCAUCAGUUGAGACUUAAAGGGUCAUUCUACUUCUCGUUCCCUCGAAUGGAAAAGUUGCCAAGGGUUAUACAGCCCAACUCGAACAAUUUUGUAAAGUCUUUAGCUUCAAAAAGUUAGGCUUCAGAAG